CGGGGCGGUGCCGGGCGAGCGCGGGGCCCCGCUGGGCGCCGCGGCGCCGACGGGGUUAAGGCGGCGCAGGCGGCGGGGCGGGCCUGGCGGCCGGGCUCGGGCCCUUUGUUAACUGGCGCGUCCGGAGCGGAGUCGGGAAGGCGGCCGCGGCCAUGGGCGGGCGCGCGGGGCGGCGGGGCGGCGGGCUGGCGGGGCCGCCGGGGCCGCGGGGGGUGCGCGGGAGCCGCGCCUGAGCCGGCCGCUGAGCGAGCGGGGGCGCCGGCCCCGACGCCGCCGGCGCGCGACCAUGUUGGAGAUCUGCCUGAAGUUGGUGGGCUGCAAAUCCAAGAAGGGGCUCUCUUCGUCCUCCAGCUGUUACCUGGAAGAGGCAGUAUUUUCAUAGCUCCAAACGUGAAAGCUGAAUAUGUCAUAGCACUCAAAGCUCUUCAGAGGCCAGUAGCAUCUGACUUUGAGCCCCAAGGUCUGAGUGAAGCAGCUCGUUGGAACUCCAAGGAAAACCUCCUUGCUGGUCCCAGUGAAAAUGACCCCAACCUUUUCGUUGCACUCUAUGAUUUUGUGGCCAGUGGGGAUAACACUCUGAGCAUAACUAAAGGUGAAAAGCUCCGGGUCUUAGGCUACAAUCACAAUGGGGAAUGGUGUGAAGCCCAAACCAAGAAUGGCCAAGGGUGGGUGCCAAGCAACUACAUCACACCUGUCAACAGUCUGGAGAAGCAUUCCUGGUACCACGGGCCGGUGUCCCGCAACGCCGCCGAGUACCUGCUGAGCAGCGGGAUCAACGGCAGCUUCUUGGUCCGGGAGAGCGAGAGCAGUCCUGGCCAGAGGUCCAUCUCGCUGAGAUACGAGGGGAGGGUGUACCACUACAGGAUCAACACUGCUUCUGACGGCAAGCUCUACGUGUCCUCCGAGAGCCGCUUCAGCACCCUGGCCGAGCUGGUCCACCACCACUCGACCGUGGCGGACGGGCUCAUCACCACACUGCAUUACCCAGCCCCCAAGCGCAACAAGCCCACCGUCUACGGCGUGUCCCCCGACUACGACAAGUGGGAGAUGGAGCGCACGGACAUCACCAUGAAGCACAAGCUGGGCGGCGGCCAGUACGGGGAGGUGUACGAGGGCGUGUGGAAGAAGUACAGCCUCACGGUGGCCGUGAAGACCUUAAAGGAGGACACCAUGGAGGUAGAAGAGUUCCUGAAGGAAGCUGCAGUGAUGAAAGAGAUCAAGCACCCUAACCUAGUACAGUUACUUGGAGUCUGCACCCGGGAGCCCCCGUUCUAUAUAAUCACUGAGUUCAUGACCUAUGGGAACCUGUUGGAUUACCUAAGAGAGUGUAACCGGCAGGAGGUGAAUGCCGUGGUGCUGCUGUACAUGGCCACUCAGAUCUCGUCGGCCAUGGAGUACCUGGAGAAGAAAAACUUCAUCCACAGAGAUCUUGCUGCACGAAACUGCCUGGUAGGGGAAAACCACUUGGUGAAGGUGGCUGAUUUCGGCCUGAGCAGGUUGAUGACGGGGGACACCUACACCGCCCACGCCGGGGCCAAGUUCCCCAUCAAAUGGACAGCGCCUGAGAGCCUGGCCUACAACAAGUUCUCCAUCAAGUCCGACGUCUGGGCAUUUGGAGUAUUGCUUUGGGAAAUUGCUACCUACGGCAUGUCACCUUACCCGGGAAUCGACCUGUCCCAGGUGUAUGAGCUGCUAGAGAAGGACUACCGCAUGGAGCGCCCAGAAGGCUGCCCGGAGAAGGUCUACGGACUCAUGCGAGCAUGUUGGCAGUGGAAUCCCUCUGACCGGCCCUCCUUUGCUGAAAUCCACCAAGCCUUUGAAACAAUGUUCCAGGAAUCCAGCAUAUCAGAUGAAGUGGAAAAGGAACUGGGGAAGAAAGGCAUGCGAGGCGUUGGAAGUACUUUGCUGCAGGCCCCGGAGCUGCCCACCAAAACCAGAACCUCCAGGAGAGCUACAGAACACAGAGACUCCACUGACGUGCCCGACACACCGCACUCCAAGGGCCCCGGAGAGACUGAUCCUCUGGACCAUGAGCCCCCUGUGUCUCCGUUGCUCCCUCGAAAAGAGCGAAGUCCCCAGGAUGGCAGCCUAAAUGAAGAUGAGCGCCUUCUCCCCAAAGACAAGAAGACCAACUUGUUCAGCGCCUUGAUCAAGAAGAAGAAGAAAACGGCCCCAACCCCUCCCAAACGGAGCAGCUCCUUCCGGGAGAUGGACGGCCAGCUGGAGCGCAAGGGGGCCAGUGAGGAGGAGGGCCGUGAAGUCAGCAACGGGGCGCCCGCUCCCACACCGCCGGACGCAGCUGAGCCAGCCAAGACCCCGAAGCCCAGCAGCGGGGCUGGCGUCCCCAAUGGAGCCUUCCGGGAGUCAGGGGGUGCAGGCUUCCGGUCUCCCCACCUGUGGAAAAAGUCCAGCACACUGACCAGCAGCCGAUUAGCAGCCAGCGAAGAGGAGAAUGGCAGCACCUCCAGCAAGCGCUUCCUGAGAUCCUGCUCUGCCUCCUGCGUGCCCCACGGGGCCAAGGACACCGAGUGGAGGUCAGUCACGCUGCCUCGGGAUCUGCAGUCCACGGGCCGACAGUUCGACUCCUCCACGUUCGGAGGGCACAAAAGUGAGAAGCCAGCUCUGCCUCGGAAGCGGGCGAGCGAGAACAGGUCUGACCAGGUGACCAGAGGCACAGUGACCCCGCCCCCCAGGCUGCUGAAGAAGACCGAGGAGUUGGCUGAUGAGGUCUUCAAAGACCCGGCGGAGUCCAGCCCAGGCUCCAGCCCCCCAAGUCUGACUCCCAAACUCCUCCGGAGGCAGGUCAUGGUGGCCCCAUCCUCUGGCCUUCCUCCCAAGGAAGAGGCCGGGAAGUCCAGUGCCCUGGGGACUCCUGCUGCCGCUGAGCCAGUGCCCCCCGCCUGCAGGGCAGGGCCAGGCACGUCUGGUGGGACCGCCAGGGCCCCUGCCGAGGAGGCCAGGGUGAGGAGGCACAAGCCCUCCUCUGAGUCCCCUGGGAGAGACAAGGGGAAAUUGUCCAAGCUCAAACCUGCCCCGCCGCCACCACCAGCAGCCUCAGCCGGGAAAGCCGGGAAGCCCUCUCAGAACCCCAGCCAGGAAGCAGCCGGGGAGGCCGGCGCCGGCGGGAAAGCAAAGCCCACAGCUGUGGCUGUGGACGCUGCGAACAGUGACACUGCCAGGCCCAGCCAGCUGGGAGAGAGUGUCAGAAAGCCUGUGCUGCUGUCCAUGCCAAAGCCACAGUCAUCCAGCAAGCCGGCGGGGACCCCGACCAGCGCAGUGCCCGCUUCCUCCACGUUGCCGUCAGCGUCCUCAGCCCUGGCGGGGGACCAGCCAUCCUCCACCGCCUUCAUCCCGCUCAUAUCAACCCGUGUGUCUCUUCGGAAGACCCGCCAGCCACCGGAGCGGAUCACCAGUGGUGCCAUCACCAAGGGCGUGGUCCUGGAUGGCACAGAGGCCCUGUGCCUUGCCAUCUCCAAGAACUCCGAGCAGAUGGCCAGCCACAGUGCCGUGCUGGAAGCCGGCAAAAACCUCUAUACAUUCUGCGUGAGCUAUGUGGACUCCAUCCAGCAAAUGAGGAACAAAUUUGCUUUCCGUGAGGCCAUCAACAAGCUGGAGAAUAAUCUGCGGGAGCUUCAGAUCUGCCCAGCAGCAGCAGGGGCUGGCCCGGCGGCCACUCAGGACUUCAGCAAACUCCUCAGCUCCGUGAAAGAGAUCAGCGACAUCGUACAGAGGUAGCAGAGGCCGGGCAUCAGGCCAGCUGCAGCCUGCAGCGUGGUAGGGCUCCCCUGUGCCCGAGCCGUGGCUGCCCCAGGGCGGGUGCACUGGGGCCUCGGCCAGAAGCUGUGCACGGGGCAGGCUGUAGCCGAGGGUGCCGGGGAGAGUGGCCCUGCCACCUUCGCUGUGCAGACUCUGCCACACUUCCUCCUCCUCAGCCCGGGCUCCCGAGCCAGCUCUGCCCCGAGUUCUGUCUGUGGAGUCCCGCCCUGGGGAGCUGCAUCCGGCACGCCGGCCUCGUCCCCGUGCAGUGCCCAGAACAGCUCUCGGGCCAGGUGGGAGGGUGUUUCCUUCCUGGAGGACUUUCUCUGGCUGUGCCUGUUCUUCCACGUGCCCCAAGAGCGAGCGCCCUGGACGGGAGCCGUGACCCCCAGGCCUUGGGAGGUGUCGCCACCACUCAUGCCGCGCAGUGCUGUGCAUUUGUUCAUCUUCCUCGUGCCUUCUGCACUGAGGACAGUUUCCAGAAUGACAUCCUGGGAAGACCCACCAGCUGGUCGCUCUGUCCUCCUUGCUCCAGGGCUGGUGUCCUUGUUAGUUUCUCAAGUGAAGGACAGCUCUGGAUUUGGGGGUAAAUGGGGUGCUAAAACCAGGCAGCCUCUGGGGCCCAGGACAGAUGGGGAGCUGGAGGGCCGUGGUGUGGGGGGACGUCCUUGUCACUGUUCUCUCCAUGUCCACAGAGCCCCAUCCCUUGCUGUGCACUGCCAGUGCUGGGCAGAAAGCUUGAGUCUUUAGGGCCACAGGGUCACUGUGCAGCAUACGGGGGCUGGGGAGGUGGCAGAGCUGGGCCUGGGCUGGUGUGCAGCUGGCCAGGGUUACUCUCCUGUCAGAUUUCCAGGUGCUCUAAAAGGCACCUGCUCUUGCCUUUUGAUCAGUCUCCUUCCUUCCCUUGUGCCCCCCUGGGGUGAAGUAGAUUCUUGCAGGUCUCCUUCCUUUGUGACAAGCCAGCCUUCAGUUUUCUGGAGUUCUUGAAGCAUUUCCAAGUACUGCCCUCAGCAUGCCCACGUCUGACCCAGAAGGAGCUGCCGUCAGUGCCCCCACACUCACCACACUCAAACGGGAAGAGGAGGACUCUCGGUCUGCUGGGCAAAUGUCUUAUUUAAUUACUUACAAGCCUCACGUAGCCUGAUGUUCCAAUAGGGGUCACCGGGUAUGAAGAAAACCACAAACAAAUGAAGACCCAGGAAGCGCCUGAGAGAGCACGCCUCAGUGGACUCCCCCCGGGCUGCCCAGGCUCAUGGGGCAGGGUCUGGUGUCCUGGACCCUGAUGGAGAGCAGCUACUGAAGAGCGGGCCAGGCCCAGGAGCAGCCCUUGGAAGAACCAGGAGAAAACCAACUUGCGCUCCCAGCACCUUCUCACACCCAUGACCUUGCACAGCUGCACCCUAUUUUUACACUAAUCUCCUGAACUUGUACUUUAUUUCUCUAGCAGAGAUGGUUUCCUCUGGAUCGUUGUGUGCUGUUCUCACAGCGCAUCGCCUCUUUGCCCCCCAGACUGCCGUGUCACAGACGGAGGGAGGUGCUAGAACACCGCUCGCGGCCUUGCAGACAAAGCAUCAGACCCACCCAGCUCCCCUUGCUGCCUGUUCCUAUGAGGGACUGGUCUUGUUUUUGUUCACAUGAUAUGCCACUAUAUUUUGCAUUUAUACGUUGGUAUUACACUUUUAUAGACUUGUUCUUUUAUAAGUGACAUGUAAAUAGUUCCACUGUCCUCCCUUCUCCAAUGCCUGUGGUGUCUGGUUUUUUUGUUUUUUUCCGGGGUUUUUUUGGUCCAUUACAUUUUGUUUCUGUGUAUGACUGUCUUUUGAAUCCACAUCUCUCCUCUGUAGUAUUUUUUGAAUAAAUGUUUACAACAUUAGAGCUCGGGCA